AUGACAUGCGUGACUCUGUUAAAGAAUUUAGUGCACGCAUCCGAAGAUGAGGAACGUCUUAUGGUGGAUAUAUUUCGUGGCUACAAUUCACUCAUUCAACCCGUUAGAAACCUCAGCGCGAUGCCGAUUAUCGUCAAAGUCGCUCUACAGCUUGUUCUGCUUAUUAACGUAGUAAGACGAAAAGGAUACAGAGUGAUGCACACAAACGUCUGGCUGACACUGAAAUGGCAUGAUUUUCAAAUGAGAUGGAAUCCUGUCAACUAUGGAGAGAUCAAAGAGAUGCGUGUUGCACCAGAUAAAGUCUGGUUACCUGACAUCGUCUUAUUUAAUAACGCUGAUGGCAACUAUGAAGUGUCAUUCAUGUGUAAUGUCGUCAUAAACUAUCAUGGCGAUAUGCUCUGGGUACCUCCAGCUAUCUACAAAAGUUCAUGUAUCAUCGACGUGGAAUUUUUCCCAUUCGACGAGCAGGUAUGCACACUGGUAUUCGGGUCGUGGACGUAUAACGAAAGCGAAAUCAAACUUGAAUUUGAACAAGCCGAAUGGGUUGAUCUGUCCGAAUACGCACCAUCUUCUAUAUGGGAUCUGAUGGAUGCACCGGCAUCUUUGGUGAACAAACGCAGUCGGAUCGAAUUUCAAGUGAGAAUCAGGAGGAAGACUCUGUUCUACACAAUUGUUCUGAUCAUUCCCACUGUGUUGAUGGCAUUUCUC